GGAGUCGGCAGUCGCAGCCCAGCUAGCCGCCGCCGGCAGUAGUCGCAGCUCUGGUUUCUUGCCGCCCGCCGGCCGGUCUCCGUCUACCCUAGCCCGCGGCUCGCCGCCCCACCCGCCGCCACCAUGCCGGUGUUCCACACGCGUACGAUCGAGAGCAUCCUGGAGCCGGUGGCGCAGCAGAUCUCGCACCUGGUGAUCAUGCACGAGGAGGGCGAGGUGGACGGCAAAGCCAUCCCUGACCUCACCGCGCCCGUGGCCGCCGUGCAGGCGGCCGUCAGCAACCUCGUCCGGGUUGGAAAGGAGACUGUUCAGACAACUGAGGAUCAGAUUUUAAAGAGAGACAUGCCUCCAGCAUUUAUUAAGGUUGAAAAUGCUUGUACCAAGCUUGUCCAGGCAGCCCAGAUGCUUCAGGCAGAUCCCUACUCAGUGCCAGCUCGUGAUUAUCUGAUUGAUGGCUCAAGGGGUAUACUUUCUGGGACAUCUGACUUGCUCCUCACCUUUGAUGAGGCUGAGGUCCGCAAAAUCAUCCGUGUGUGCAAGGGCAUUUUGGAAUAUCUAACAGUGGCAGAAGUGGUAGAGACGAUGGAGGAUUUGGUCACUUACACUAAGAAUUUGGGACCAGGAAUGACAAAAAUGGCCAAAAUGAUUGAUGAAAGACAACAGGAAUUGACUCACCAGGAGCACAGAGUGAUGUUGGUGAAUUCAAUGAACACUGUGAAAGAGUUAUUGCCAGUCCUCAUUUCAGCUAUGAAGAUUUUUGUAACUACUAAAAACUCCAAAAACCAAGGUAUUGAAGAAGCUUUGAAAAACCGCAACUUUACGGUGGAAAAGAUGAGCGCAGAGAUUAAUGAGAUCAUCCGAGUGUUACAGCUUACUUCCUGGGAUGAAGAUGCUUGGGCUAGCAAGGACACUGAAGCCAUGAAGAGAGCCUUGGCCUCCAUCGAUUCGAAACUGAACCAGGCUAAAGGUUGGCUCCGUGAUCCCUCUGCCUCACCAGGAGAUGUUGGGGAGCAGGCGAUCAGGCAGAUCUUGGAUGAAGCUGGCAAAGUUGGUGAACUCUGUGCUGGGAAAGAACGCAGGGAGAUCCUGGGAACCUGCAAAAUGUUAGGGCAGAUGACCGACCAAGUGGCUGAACAUCGAGCCAGAGGACAAGGAGCCACACCCAUGGCCAUGCAGAAAGCCCAGCAGGUGUCUCAGGGUCUAGAUAUGCUCACAGCAAAGGUGGAGAAUGCAGCACGCAAACUGGAGGCCAUGACUAAUUCAAAACAAAGCAUCGCGAAGAAGAUCGAUGCUGCCCAGAAUUGGCUUGCAGAUCCAAAUGGGGGCCCUGAAGGAGAAGAACAGAUUCGAGGAGCUUUGGCUGAAGCUCGGAAAAUUGCAGAAUUGUGUGAUGAUCCUAAGGAAAGAGAUGACAUUUUGCGUUCCCUUGGAGAAAUCUCUGCUCUGACUUCUAAGUUGUCAGAUCUACGGAGACAGGGGAAAGGAGACUCUCCUGAGGCCCGGGCUUUGGCUAAGCAAAUCGCCACAGCCCUGCAGAACCUGCAGACCAAAACCAACAGGGCUGUGGCCAAUAGCAGACCUGCCAAAGCAGCUGUCCAUCUGGAGGGCAAGAUUGAGCAAGCUCAGAGGUGGAUUGACAACCCCACAGUGGACGAUAGGGGUGUAGGUCAGGCUGCAAUCCGUGGACUUGUGGCAGAAGGGCAUCGUCUUGCCAAUGUUAUGAUGGGUCCUUAUCGCCAAGAUCUUCUUGCAAAAUGUGACCGAGUGGACCAGCUAACAGCCCAGCUGGCAGACCUGGCUGCAAGAGGGGAAGGAGAGAGUCCACAGGCAAGGGCUCUUGCUUCCCAGCUACAGGAUUCCUUAAAAGAUCUGAAAACAAAGAUGCAAGAGGCCAUGACUCAAGAAGUGUCAGAUGUUUUUAGUGAUACCACAACACCCAUCAAGCUGUUGGCAGUGGCGGCCACUGCACCCCCUGAUGCACCAAACAGGGAUGAGGUGUUUGAUGAGAGGGCAGCUAACUUCGAAAACCACUCUGGAAGGCUUGGGGCUACCGCAGAGAAGGCGGCUGCUGUUGGGACAGCUAAUAAAUCCACCGUGGAGGGUAUUCAGGCAUCGGUGAAGACAGCGAGGGAACUCACGCCCCAGGUUGUCUCAGCUGCUCGCAUCUUACUAAGAAAUCCUGGAAAUCAAGCUGCCUAUGAACAUUUUGAAACUAUGAAGAACCAGUGGAUUGAUAACGUUGAAAAAAUGACAGGGCUGGUGGAUGAAGCCAUAGAUACCAAAUCUCUGCUGGAUGCUUCUGAGGAAGCGAUUAAGAAAGACCUGGAUAAGUGUAAAGUAGCUAUGGCUAACAUCCAACCUCAGAUGCUCGUUGCUGGGGCAACCAGCAUUGCUCGGCGAGCCAAUCGGAUCCUGUUAGUAGCCAAAAGGGAGGUGGAAAACUCUGAGGAUCCCAAAUUCCGGGAAGCUGUGAAGGCUGCUUCUGAUGAACUGAGCAAAACCAUUUCCCCCAUGGUGAUGGAUGCAAAAGCUGUAGCUGGAAACAUUUCUGAUCCUGGCCUGCAGAAAAGCUUCCUGGACUCGGGAUAUCGGAUUCUGGGUGCUGUGGCCAAGGUCAGAGAAGCCUUCCAGCCUCAGGAGCCUGACUUCCCUCCUCCUCCCCCAGAUCUCGAACAACUCCGGUUGACAGAUGAGCUUGCUCCUCCCAAACCUCCUCUGCCUGAGGGUGAGGUUCCACCACCCAGACCCCCUCCACCAGAGGAGAAGGAUGAAGAGUUCCCUGAGCAGAAGGCCGGGGAGGUGAUUAACCAGCCAAUGAUGAUGGCUGCCAGGCAACUCCAUGAUGAAGCUCGAAAGUGGUCCAGCAAGCCGGGUAAAGAAGCCUCGGAGAAAGGUGUAGAUGUUGCUGAUGAGGUUGGGUUUCCUCUCCCCUCUGACAAUGAAGAUGAUUAUGAGCCUGAGCUGCUGUUAAUGCCGACCAAUCAGCCGGUUAACCAGCCCAUUCUGGCCGCUGCUCAGUCUUUACAUCGAGAAGCAACCAAGUGGUCUAGUAAGGGCAAUGACAUCAUUGCAGCAGCCAAACGGAUGGCCCUGCUGAUGGCUGAGAUGUCCCGGCUGGUGAGAGGAGGCAGUGGCACCAAACGGGCCCUGAUCCAGUGUGCGAAGGACAUCGCCAAAGCCUCUGAUGAGGUGACGCGGUUGGCCAAGGAGGUGGCAAAGCAGUGUACUGACAAGCGGAUCCGAACCAAUCUCUUACAGGUGUGUGAGCGAAUUCCAACCAUUAGCACCCAGCUCAAAAUCCUGUCCACAGUCAAAGCCACCAUGCUGGGCCGAACCAAUAUCAGUGAUGAGGAAUCGGAGCAGGCCACAGAAAUGCUGGUUCACAAUGCCCAGAACCUGAUGCAGUCUGUAAAGGAGACUGUCAGAGAAGCGGAAGCAGCUUCAAUUAAGAUUCGAACAGAUGCUGGUUUCACUUUGCGUUGGGUUCGAAAAACUCCCUGGUACCAGUAGCUCCGAGGGCAGCCAUCACUCCACCCGACUCUCCCCCACACCCCAGUACUCCCAUGCCUGGCUCAGAGACUCUUUUCUAAGCAGCAACAACUGUGGCCCAAGGCCCUGGCUGCUGCGGGCGCAGGGGUGAGGGUCAUUCCCCAGCCUGUUUCCUACAGAAACCCCCACAUUUGGUCUUUCCAUAUUAGAAAAUGUUUAUAUUCUCCUUUGCUUUGGGGGACUGUAUGUAAUGUCUCUCCCUAGAAAAGUCUGUAUUUUAUUCUCAAACAGCCUCAUGUACUCUUCUCCCUAUAACUGGUCUAGGACUAAUUACAUAAGCUCAGAAUUCAUGUAAGGAACACUACCCUUGCACCCCGCCUGGAUAGCCUCUGGAUAGGAACCUUCUUUAAUUGCCUCCUACCCCCGUACCUCACUCACAUGCUCCCCCUCUGAGCCUGGGAGGCUUACCAGGCUGCUCCCAAGAAGGCAGUCCCUCUGCCUCAGAUAAUGUGUUUGCUGCUCUGUAGACUGCUGGUGACCAUAUUCAGCCCUAAAGCUGGUGCUCUUGUCCUGCCUUCUGCAGGGUCACCAAGCCCUUCUAAAGGUGGCCUUGCUCUGCGGGGGAAGGCAAACCUGGGCCCCUGCAGUAACCCGAGGCGGAUGGCCUUAGCAUCACUACCUUCUUCCCCCACCUUUCCUUUGCUAGUUUCCAAAAGCACAAACCUGAAGACUUUUUUCUCUUCUAAGCAAACCAUGAAAUAACAUGUCAUGGUAUGAAUCAUGCUCUAAAGUGACCCAUCCAUUCCAGGGAAGAUCUUGGAGCCAUUCAAGGGGGUGGGGGUGGGGGGUGCCCUGCCUCUUGCCUUGGCCUGCCUGCCCACUUGCUCGGGUAGGGUUUCCCCUCCCAAACACUGUGUGUCCUGGUGCUCUUGUCUCUGCUGUUUUGGGGGCAGAGCAGCCAGGGCGUUGUCCAGUGGGGCCAUACCUGGGCAAUGCAUGCUUUGUCACUGACCCCCAGAGGACUUUGCUGAGGCCUUUAAUGAAAUGCUGCAUUGGAGUGCUUGGCCUGAUUGUAUUCCCUCCACUAAUUUCUCUCCCUCCUUGAUGGAUUUGGAGGACAUUUAGGUGCUUCUUUGUUUCUUGAACUUUGAAAUAUUCUUCUUUUCUAACUCAGCCCCAGGCCGACAAUUGUUCUUUUUUGCCCCAGUGUUGUUUAGUGCAAAAGAAAGGCCAUCUCUGAGCUGGGGCCUCUCCAGCUUGAGGAGAGCUGAACCAGCAGACUUAAGAUUUUUUUGGUCUGGCAGUACAGGAGGCUGACCGUGAAUUAUUGAGGGGAGUCUCUCACACCUAAAAAUGACUGCUAUGAUUAAAGCUGGAAUGAGUCUUCAAGAGGUGCCUUCGGUGCAGGUCAGGGGAUGUAGCGAGAGUGAGUGUUCAGAUGAAGGGUCAGCCUCUUCUACCUUCCCACCUUGCACUGCGGUCUGAAGAAAGGAGCUGAGUGGGGAAUAUUUCAUUCAUUGCCCAUGUCACCUGUUUCUUGGGAUCCCUGCUGAGUACUCGAAACUCCUGCGUGGUACAGGAGAGGAAAUCUGAUGGUGAAAAGGACUGAAUGAGAGCUUUAACCCGAAGGUCCUUGGUUUUCUUCACUUGGGUUGGAUCCCAGUGUUGAAUGUGUAAAAUCUGUCUUCAGUUAGUCCUGUACAUUUUAGGCUUCCUCUUUUUUUCUUUUUAAUGAAUGAUGAGUGUUCUUGAGGUCCUAAGAGUACUUAGUACUCUUAGCACAGUGCCUGGCACAUAGUAGGCGCUUAAUAAAUGUUGAUUGAUUGAUCGAUUGAUAACAGAACUUAAGAGUUGGGACCUCGAGUCAUUUAUCUAGUCCAAUUCCAUAACUUCUUUAGUUGCUUAUGUGAUAUAAAUGCAAUAUUAAUGCCUUUAAAAAUGAAUCUAUGCCAAAGAUCACCUUUUGUUUUAUUAAAGAUUGCUUAAAGAAAAUACGAGAAAUCAUGUUUGCCAUUUCAGUUCCAGGGUUCUAGCCACGCUGCAAAUACACUGUGCCGGUUGUGGUUUUCUCACCACCAGUGUUCCAGAUUUGGUGAAGCAGAUUCAGAAACAUCCCCUGAAUGUCAGUUAGAAAUGUUACCACUAAAAUAACUGUGUUUAUAAACUAGGAUUUGUUAUAUGCAAAUAUUUUCUGCCACCUCUUUUGUUCUCUUAAAAAUAAAAUGCAUUUGUAUAAAUAA